GUUCGUAGUUCAAACUGGUCCGCGCGAGCGCGAGGGAGAGAGCGAAGUGCGUCCAAUUUGGCCCUCGCUCGUUCAGCUCGCAGUGUUCUCCCAACUUUGUUUCUGACAGUCGACGCCUACGGGAGUUCGAUUUACUGUCAGCGCAAGUGCUUUGCAGGGAGCAGUAAGAUCAGCCCGGCACCAUGAGCAAGUCAGGACAGCCUCCGGAUUUGAAGAAGUAUAUGGACAGGAAGCUCAACAUCAAGCUCAACGCCAACCGUGUCGUCGUUGGAGUUCUUCGAGGUUUCGAUCAAUUUAUGAACCUUGUGCUCGAUAACACCGUUGAGAUCAACGGGAACGAGCGAAAUGAAAUUGGCAUGGUGGUCAUCCGCGGUAACAGCGUGGUCAUGAUUGAGGCUCUUGAAAGUGUAAGAUGAGGGACCCAUGCUCGGUAAAUACUCUUUUGUUUAUAUUGCCACGGGAUAGGCCCGUUUCCGAAGUCAUGUAGCAAUUUUCUUCUUCUUGUUAGUUUCGAACUAGACGCUCAGAAACUCGAAACAACUGUAGGUUUAUGUAGGAAUCAUGUGCAGAGGGCUUCAAUCGUCUGGGCUCUUUUUAAUCUUGCCCAGCUUAGUGACGCCAGUUUAUCAUCUGUGCCGGCCUCAUAUUUUGAUUAGAGUAUCCGAUGAGGAGUUCCACUAGAGAGUAAUUUUCCACAUCUUAUUCUGCUGAUAUUGGGAGCAGGUAAAUUGUAUGACUAAAAUCUGCAAGCUAUACUAUUUGUGGGGUUAGGCUCUUCUGUACACCUGAAUCUCUCGUUUGUGUUCUUAAUCUGAAAUGAUCAAAGUGUAAAGUCGCACUUGAAUACUCCAUAACUACUCAA